AAAAGGCACGAUGGGAAGCUCUUGCACUGUCGCUACUGACUUCAGAGCUUUUUAGAUCUUUUGGUUCUUUUAGAGUUUUUUCUGUUGUAAAACUUUUGCCAUGUCUGGUCGCGGGAAGCAGGGCGGGAAGGCGCGGGCCAAGGCCAAGUCGCGCUCGUCGCGGGCCGGGCUGCAGUUCCCCGUGGGCCGCGUGCACCGGCUGCUGCGCAAGGGCAACUACGCGGAGCGGGUGGGCGCCGGCGCCCCGGUGUACCUGGCGGCCGUGCUGGAGUACCUGACGGCCGAGAUCCUGGAGCUGGCGGGCAACGCGGCCCGCGACAACAAGAAGACGCGCAUCAUCCCCCGCCACCUGCAGCUCGCCAUCCGCAACGACGAGGAGCUCAACAAGCUGCUGGGCAAGGUGACGAUCGCGCAGGGCGGGGUGCUGCCCAACAUCCAGGCCGUGCUGCUGCCCAAGAAGACCGACAGCCACAAGGCUAAAACCAAGUGAAAUUCUUUUCAACGGAAAACCCAAAGGCUCUUUUCAGAGCCACCCACAUCCUCUCAGAAAGAGCAGGAACGCUAUAUCCUGCAAUUGUUUUUACUCCCAAACCAGUGUAGUUUAAUAUAUUUGGAGACUUCUAGAUUUACUUAGAUGUAAAGAGAAGUAUUCUGAUGCAUAGGUUUUAUUUUCACAUUUUCAGCUUUCUUUUGCUGAUUGGUGUAUGUCCCUGCACUUUUCUUUCUGAAAACUUAAUAUACUUA